UUUUAUUACAGCGCAGCAUCCAAGAAUUUUUCAGAGCAACAACGGGUUUGGGGAGCCAUGACGGGUCAGACACAAACGAAUCGCACUGCCACUACAGCAUUUUGUGGUGGCCUAAGCCAGAAUAAGCUAUGGCCAAACGAUGAUCAACAGCAGCAGCAGCAACAACAGGUCUGGAGUAGCGCUCAACGUCCACCGGCAUUUCACACCGGUCCACCGCCACCAACUGCUGCAGCCGCUGCUGCCGCUUAUGCUGCUGCUGCUGCAGCCGCUGCUAAUGGUUGGCAACAAAAUGUAGCAGCACCACGUGGCAAUGUUUUCCCGCCACCGGCUCGUUUCGGCAAUCCACCGUUCGAGAACAGUGCCGUCAUGGGAAACUGGGUAGCACGUCCGAUGAACGAUUCGAUGCAACCACCGAUUCCACCACCAUCCGGCAUGCCACCCCCGCCACCACAGCGAAGUCGACUGCAAAAUGUUUGGGGUGCAGCACCUGCUCCACCAACCAUGAACAACUCGGCCGUCAAUGGCAUGUUCAUGCCACCACCACCGGAUGUUGAUUUCAAUAUUCACAAUGGAAUGAAUCAGUGGAAUCAACCAGCACGCACCAAUGCGGGAGGAGCAGUGGUGCCCGUUGUACCAAAGCCAGCAUUCACGCCCAGUUUUGUGAAUCGUUCACCGCCACCCGGAUCAUCGUUCAAUUCGUACCCACCGAUUUCACAGACCGAUUCGGUUUGCAUUUAA